AUGACAAGUAUUUUAGGAGCCUCAUAUGAAGUGUAUGAUCAGAGACUGAUUGGCCUGAGUGUGCAGGGCAGGAACAUAUCAGGACUACAGCAGCGUGUCAACAUCACCGUGAACCUUACCAGGAAAACAAAUGAAACCCAAAAACCUUCCUGUCAGUUCUUUAACUUCUCAACAAAGAAUUUUAGUGUGGAUGGCUGCAUCACCCAGUGGACACGUGGUCAGAAUAACGUCACCUGUUCCUGUGACCACCUCACAUACUUUGCUGUGCUCAUGGUAGGAUUACCUGUUUCUUCAGAUUCCCUCUCAUCUACAGACCAGAAGGUUUUAAAUUACAUUUCUCUGAUUGGCUGUAGUCUCUCUCUUUUCGCCCUGGUCAUCACUGUUCUGCUCUUCAUCACAAAUAGAAAACUCAGAGAUGAUGUUUCUAUGAAGGUCCACAUCAACCUCGUAAUUGCCCUGAUCCUCCUGAACCUGCACUUCCUGCUCAGUCAGUAUGUGACAGCAGGGUCCUCCACUGGACUUUGUCUUUAUAUGGCUCUUGUCCUUCACUACUCUCUGCUGGCCACUUUCAGCUGGAUGGCCUUGGAGGGGUUCCACCUCUACCUCCUCUUAGUCAGAGUCUUCAACAUUUAUAUCAAGAGAUACCUGCUCAAACUCAGCGUGGUGGGAUGGGGUGUCCCUGCAGUCAUUCUGUCAGUGGUGGUGAUCAUAAACAGAGGGUUUUAUGGUCGUGUCCCUCUGGACACGUCUAACUCCAACGAUACUGCAAUAUGCUAUAUAACUGAUGAGAAGGUGAAGAUGGGGACUACAGUGGGACUGUUCAGCUUGGUGUUCCUCUGUAACAUCAUCAUGUUUGGGGUGACAAUCAGACGUAUUUGGAUUCUACGUAAUAGCUCAGAGUUUGGGCAGAGUAACCGUGACAGAGCCAAGAAAGACAUCUGUACCCUGCUGGGAGUCAUGACUCUGCUCGGCAUUACCUGGGGCCUGGUCUUCUUCUCUUUUGGUUACCUGACCACACCUGGCAUCUACCUCUUCUGUAUCCUGAACUCACUGCAAGGUUUCUUCAUCUUCCUCUGGUUUGUGAUGUCACUGAGAAAGGCUAAAAGCUCAGCACCAAUGACGAGCACUGAAACACGUAGCACUGGCAGCUAG